CAAGAUCCAGGGGCUAAUUGGAGGGAGGGUGUUAACUCCAACGUAAUCCGGGCGGUUCCCUGGAACGAGCUUUAAAUCAAUCAAACCGACAAUCCAGUCAGCCAAUCAGUAUUUAUUGGGCACCUACUGCAUGCAGUUCACCUCCUGCAGCACUGACGAGAGGAGACUUCGGUGCGUAGGAAGCCGCGGAGACCCGCGGCCGCAGCGGAUCGAGGGAAUUUGGCGCCUACUUUUUGUAGGUUGGGUGUUCUCGGCUGUGAUUGGGCGCGGUCUGCGGCUGCUCCGUCGACGUUGGCAGAACCCGGGAGAUUUGCUCCUCGACCGGCCUCCGGGGAAUGGGACACCAGGAGCCCCCGCUGGCCCGAGUGCCCGCGGGAUGUGCGGUUUAUAUAAAAAGGUUAUGUAAAGGGAUCAGCCGGCGCGAACACGUGGAGAGCCGCGGGUGCCUGGACGCCGGGUUCUGCCCCGCGCGCGCCGCUGCUACGUCCAGUGAAGCAGCAAGUUCCGGCACACGCCGGGCGCGGGCCACGGCCGCUCGCGCCGCUCGGCCCCGAAGGCUGCGCAGCCCGGGAGCCCGGAAGUGGAGGGGCUCAGGCCAGAUCACAAUCCAAGCUCCCGCUCCUCCGCGUCCCGGGGCUGGACGGAGGGAUGAGGCAGGGGGAGCCCGGGCAGCACCGUUGCUGCUCCCCCCACCGCCCGCAGCCAUGGAAACGGGGAAGGAGGACGGCGCCCGCAGAGGUACACAAAGCCCCGAGCGGAAAAGGCGAAGCCCAGUGCCGCGGGCGCCCGGCGCGAAGCUGAGGCCGGCGGCUGCGGCCCAGGCCAUGGAUCCGGUGGCGGCCGAGGCCCCCGGCGAGGCCUACCUGGCGCGGCGGCGGCCAGAAGGCAGCGGCGGGUCCGCGCGGCCGCGCUACAGCCUGUUGGCGGAGAUCGGGCGCGGCAGCUACGGCGUGGUUUACGAGGCAGUGGCCGGGCGCAGCGGGGCCCGGGUGGCGGUCAAGAAGAUCCGCUGCGACGCCCCAGAAAACGUGGAGCUGGCCCUGGCGGAAUUCUGGGCCCUGACUAGCCUCAAGCGGCGCCACCAGAACGUGGUGCAGUUUGAGGAGUGUGUCCUGCAGCGCAACGGGCUAGCCCAGCGCAUGAGCCACGGCAACAAGAGCUCGCAGCUUUACCUGCGCCUGGUAGAGACCUCCCUCAAAGGAGAAAGGAUCCUGGGUUAUGCUGAGGAGCCCUGUUAUCUCUGGUUUGUCAUGGAGUUCUGUGAAGGUGGAGACCUGAAUCAGUACGUCCUGUCCCGGAGGCCGGACCCAGCCACCAACAAAAGCUUCAUGCUACAGCUCACGAGCGCCAUUGCCUUCCUGCACAAAAACCACAUCGUGCACAGGGACCUAAAGCCAGACAACAUCCUUAUCACGGAAAGGUCUGGCACCCCCAUCCUCAAGGUGGCAGACUUUGGACUAAGCAAGGUCUGUGCUGGGCUGGCCCCCCGAGGCAAAGAGGGCAAUCAAGACAACAAAAAUGUGAAUGUGAAUAAGUACUGGCUGUCCUCAGCCUGCGGCUCAGACUUCUACAUGGCCCCUGAAGUCUGGGAGGGACACUACACAGCCAAGGCUGACAUCUUUGCCCUGGGCAUUAUCAUCUGGGCAAUGAUAGAAAGAAUCACUUUCAUUGACUCUGAGACCAAGAAGGAGCUCCUGGGGACCUAUAUCAAACAGGGCACUGAGAUCGUCCCUGUUGGCGAGGCGCUGCUAGAAAACCCAAAGAUGGAGUUGCACAUCCCCCAGAAACGCAGGACUUCCAUGUCUGAGGGGAUCAAGCAGCUCUUGAAAGAUAUGUUAGCUGCUAACCCACAGGACCGGCCUGAUGCCUUUGAACUUGAAACCAGAAUGGACCAGGUCACAUGUGCUGCUUAAAAUUCAGGGCAAAGCAUCUUGGGUGUUUUUGAACUAGGUUGAUCCUCGGGACCCGCAGUCUCAUCCAGUCUCUCUCAGAGGACGGCAGAGGGUACAGGUGGCGGGCUCGGCCGCUGGCGACCUCCCGGCAGCUGGACCUCCAGCAAUGUGAAGCUUUCGUUUGGGUUUUCCCCCUUCGGUUUUGCUUAACUUGUUUUAUUUUUUGUCUUUCUCUUUUAUUUCUUUUUUCUAUCUCUUUUUUAAUUUAAACAAUUUAAGACUUCAAAAGAGCAGAAGCUCUGCUGCGGACAGGCACCAAUUUCUUUAAAGAAAUGUAAUAUGGACAAAGCAUAUGUAUAAGUUUCAUUUUUAAUUUCUUUUAAGGGGUUGGGGGAGCUAUUUUGCUUUUGUCCUUUAUUUUCCCUUUUACCCAUUUCUCAGUUCCACUUACAACACCUCCCUUCCCCCGGAGAAGGCCUGCCUCCCCCUGGAGAAUCGGGGGGUUUCUCCUGGAAUGGGGGCAUGAAGACAGAAGGAGCCUCUGGGCCACCCCUCCACCAGAUGCAGAACUGCCCGGCUCCCGGGUGGGCUGCUCCUGGCCAGCCCUUGGGCCUUGAAUGAAGAACCACCUGGAACAGAUGACACCGGAGUUUGGCCCAGAGAACUCGAGAAAGAAGCUCUGAAACUAUGGGCGUGUUCCCUUUAAGCCGUUGGAAACCCUAGGCCACACCAGGACCCACAGUGGUGGGAAUCCAUUCCAUCUCCUGCCCUUUACCAUCCGGUCUCUGUGGUGGGGGCAGGGGGUGGGGGAAUGGGACAGAAGGUGACCAUCUCCCACUUCCUGGCGGUUGAGCGGUCAGCCCACCCCAGCUCUACACGCCUUCCUUUCUGUUAGUGAUCUUCCUCCCAGAAGAAGGUCCCCAGGAAAAAACUGCCGUGCCAAACUCUGCCUGGGACACUGCUGGGUCUUUAGCCGGCACCUAUAGCUCGACCCCUCACCUCCUGCUCCUGCAUCUUCUUCCCACGUGUGCCCACCAGACAUCCAGGUCGUCACAGAGGCUGCCCGAGUCCCUGAGGUCUGGUUGUGACCGUCACCAUAAGAACUGGGUGGUGGCCUAGACUGGCUGUCACUGCAGUGCAGGGCAUGCCCUCUGUGCCGAGUGUCAUGCCAUCACUCACGGUGCCAGCGUCAGGCGCCGUCUCCCUCACCCCAGGGACGUACUGCCAGGUGCUCGCUUUUGGUGUCAGUGUGUCUGAUGGG